CGGCCCCCCGGUGGAGGGAAUCAGGAAGCGGCUGCGGCCCAAGCGCCUCCCGCGGGACGAAGCUCGGGAACUGCUGGACGCGGGGAAGGGUGUCGCUGAGCUCGGGAGCCGCAGAAAUGAAACGCUUCCUGAGGUCCGGUCAUGACUCUGUGCGAGAGAGACUGAAAAGGGACCUGUUCCAGUUUAACAAGACCGUUGAACAUGGAUUUCCUCACCAGCCUAGUGCCCUGGGGUUCAGCGACUCACUACGGCUCAUGGCAAUUGGGACCCGUUCUGGAGCCAUCAAAGUAUAUGGCUGCCCUGGCGUGGAGUUCAUGAACUUGCACGAACAGAAUAACGCAGUGAUAAAGAUCAGCUUUGUUCCAAACCAGUGCCAACUUAUCACACUUCUGGAUGACAACAGCCUCCACCUGUGGUCACUGAGGCAGCAAGAUGGCGGGUCAGAGCUGCAGGAGGAGAAGAAGUUCACUCUUCGAGGACCGCCUGGGGCGCCUCCCAGUUUAACACAAAUUAAGGUGCUCCUUGCACACUCCUCUGGAGAGCGGCUGUUUGUGGGCACAGAAGGGGGCAGUGUUUUCACCCUUGCUCUACCAUCCUUGCAAGUCCUAGAAGAGAAAACGGUUGGGCAUGACAUGGCCCUACAGGGUCUUCCAGAUGAGUAUUCUGACAGACGCCCCUUUGAGUCAGUGGAAGCUUUGCAGGAGCAUCCGAAGAACCCGGACCAAAUCCUGAUCGGCUACAGUCGUGGACUUAUGAUGGUGUGGGAUGUGCGGGCUGGCCGCAGCGUGCAGCGUUUCCUUGGCACCCAGCAACUGGAAAAUAUCUACUGGUGCCGGGAUGCCCAGCAAAUUAUAAGUUGUCACAAUGAUGGUGGUUACAGUCAGUGGGAAGCCAGCGGUGAACAUAUACAGCAGUCUCCCAUGGAGAAUAAAGUGCCAUAUGGUCCCUUCCGCUGUAAAGCCAUCGGUAAGAUAACGUGGUUGACGUCACGCAGAGGGUCACCGUAUAUUGUGUUCCAAGGUGGCAUGCCCAUGGCAAGUUACGGAGACAGGCACAGCAUCUCUGUAGUCCAUGGGAGCCAACAAACUGCAUUUGACUUCACGUCUAGGAUAAUUGAUCAUAUGGUGAUUUGCAACUCUGAUCCUGCAUCUGACUAUGACGACCCACGUGCCCUUCUGGUUCUGGCAGAAGAGGAGCUUGUGGCCAUUGAUCUUCAAACACCUGGCUGGCCAGUAAUCCAGUGCCCGUACCUGGUCUCCUUACACUGCUCAGCAAUCACCUGUUCUUAUCAUAUCUCUUCUAUUCCUCUGAAGCUGUGGGAAAGAAUUAUCAUUGCAGGCAAAAAGCAGAACACCCACUACUCCAGCAUGCCAUGGCCAGUUGAUGGUGGCGUAAACUUGGCUGAAGCCCCAAGGCAAAGGGAUUUACUGUUAACAGGACAUGAGGAUGGCACUGUGCGUUUCUGGGAUGCAUCCGGGAUAUGCCUUCAGCUGAUGUACAAAAUGAGCACAGUGGGGGUCUUCCAGACUGACAUGGACCCAAAUGAAAACCUGAACUCCCAAGGAGACGAAGACUGGCCCCCUCUGAGGAAAGUUGGCAGUUUUGACCCGUACAGUGAUGAUCCCCGUCUGGGAAUUCAGAAGAUUUACCUCUGUAAAUAUAGUGGCUACCUGUCUGUAGGUGGGACUGCAGGACAGGUCCUUAUUCUUGAGCUGAAUGACGAGGCCUCGCAGCACGCGGUAGACCAUACUCUGGUGGACCUCUUACAGGAGCAGGAAGGAUAUCGCUGGAAAGGCCAUGAGCGGCUUCAUUCACGACAGGACCCAGUGCGCUUCCCCCCUGGCUUUCAACCUUUUGCUUUGGUACAGUGCCAACCGCCUGCUGCUGUCACUUCCUUGGUACUGCAUUCUGAGUGGAGGUUGCUGGCGUUUGGCACAAGUCAUGGAUUUGGAGUGUAUGAUUUUCAGCGGAAGUGUCAAGUGAUGGUUAAAUGCACACUACAUGCCAGUGACCAGCUAGCCCUGGAAGGGCCUUUGUCUCGUGUGAAGUCACUGAAGAAAUCUUUGCGCCAAUCUUUUCGGCGCAUCCGAAGGAGCCAGGUCAAUAAGCGAAGGGAUGGAGCUGCAACUAAAGUGCAGGAGGCAAAUGCCCGCUUAGAGCAGGAGGCUCUGCACGAGAUGGAGCUAGCCCCUGUACAACGCAAGAUUGAAGCUCGAUCGGCAGAAGAUUCCUUCACCGGGUUUGUGCGAACACUGUAUUUUGCGGACACCUUCAUCCGUGACAGCAUCCGGCAUUGUCCCUCGUUAUGGGCCGGUACUAAUGGUGGCACAGUCUAUGCGUUUUCUUUGCGCGUCCCUCCAACAGAACGGCGGAUGGAAGAGGCAGUGUCCGCAUCACAGAUCAAAGAAAUCCAACUUAUGCACCGAGCACCAGUAGUGGGGAUCCUCAUUCUGGAUGGUCACAGCGUUCCCCUUCCUGAACCUCUUGAAGCUGCUCAUGACCUUUCAAAAAGUCCAGAUAUGCAAGGCAGCCACCAAUUGCUGGUCAUAUCUGAAGAACAGUUCAAGGUAUUCACUUUGCCAAAAGUGAGCAGUAAAUUGAAGCUGAAGCUGACUGCCACAGAAGGAUGCCGGGUGCGGAAGGCCGCAGUCUGCACGUUUGGUAGUUGUCGGGCAGAGGACCAUACUGAAAAUCACUUGACAGUUCUGACCAACUUAGGGGACCUCCAGGUAGUUUCACUUCCCCAUCUUAAGCCACAAGUGCGUUAUGACUGUAUCCGGAAGGAAGAUGUGAGUGGAAUAGCAUCCUGUGUGUUCACCAAGUCUGGGCAAGGGUUUUACCUCAUAUCCCCGUCCGAAAUGGAACGUUUCUCGCUGUCCACAUGCUGGCUCAUCGCUCCUCGAUGCAAGGUUGAUCCACCAGAACCAUCUGUGAAUGGAAGGCCCCGAAGAGGUGACAGCACAGAAAGACAAAGCGAAAGAUCCAGGAUGCCCAGCAGGAGCGACUCCAGUACAGAUGCACACAGACCUCCAAGGCAGGUGAUGGAGCACGCGUUGCUGAAUGAUGAGCACAUGCUGAAGGAGAUCCAGAGUACUCUGGAAGGUUCUCGAACGAGUUAUGGGGAAAGGCACUCCCGCCAGAUCGCUGUAGGAGGCAGGCUCAGCAAUGGAUCAGCAGAAUGACCUUCUUCCUGACCCGCGGAUGUUCUGGGUCCCAUCUGACCCGUUGUGAAUACACUACUGACCCGAGGCCCUUGGACUAGAGCAAGCUACAAGACAAUAUGCUUUUCUCCAUGGUUUGGACUCUGUGGCCAUACACCCUCCAUUCUGCACACGUCUCUUUAGCUAUUCCUACAGGAAUUUGUUUUAAGUUAUAAAUUUUACUGCCUUACACCCUUCCCUCUGUGCGUUCCUUGGAGGAAGAUGGCCAAAUAGUUUGUUUUUUUUAAAUUUUGUUUUUAAUAUUUUAUUUUCUUUUUAUUGAAUGAUUUUAGAAACCAUGUUUGUUUAUUUUUUGUUUUUUUUUACUGUACAAUCUGGUGUAAACCGCCCUUGAUGUCGGGUAUCUUGAAUUUAUUGGGUUAUUGUGCUUCCCAGUGAUUGGGCUGACAUGCAAUCUAUUUUUAUAGGAAAUAACCAUUUUGGUUGCCUUGCACACCAAUAAAUUAUAUGUUCAGCUAUU